AUGCAGCCUGAAUCAGUGCCAUCGCCGCCGGACGUGGCGCAUGAAACGCAACAAGCGCGCGACUGGUGGAGCGUACGAGAGCUGGAAGUGGAGCGUGAGCUAGCUGCAGGUUUGCAGCGUCGUAUGGAAGCACAACGCAGACAACUCUACGCGUUCAAGACGGAGCAGAGCAAAUGGGAGCACGAAUUGCAGCUGCGGAUCUCGAAAUAUGCACACGACCGUAAAUUAUUGAGUGAACAUAAUGUCGAACUACAGAAACAGAUGGUACUUAUGGAAGAAAAAAUGAUGCAACAUGAGCGAGAAAUGGAUCAACAGGUGGAACACGUGAUUGAGCUUGAAGGAAUGUUACAUGAGAAUCAGAUUGAUGUGCAGCAGAUUCAGGCGUUACGACAAGAGAAUGAAGAGUUGCAACGAAAACUGCGACAUUGGGAGACGUUUUAUCGAAAGGAAAAGGUGGUGAUUGCAAAGGAGCAAAAGAUGCAGCAAGAAGAACUUUUGACAGAAUUAGAGACGCUUCUAGCGAUUUCAAAAGAUGAAAUGGUGCAGCUACAGCAUCUAGGAGCAAUUCAUGAGAGGGAGACACAAGGUGAACAGGUUUGGAAAGCUAGAGUACGACGGAAAGCUAUUACAGAAGAUGAUCCGCUUGUUACGAGAAUUAAAGAAUUAGAAGCGACGUGCAAGCAAAAGGACCAAACUAUCUACUCGCUGAAGACGAUUGUGGAACAGCAAGAGACUGUAUUUGAUGAGAAGAUGAAGAUUUUAACAGCCAAGUACGACCAGGUCAAGACAAUUAACAUGGUAUUGCAGAAACGGCUCAUGCUUGCACUGACAAAGGAAAACAGUAGCAAGUCGUAA